CCCAGCUUUAUCCCAUUCAUCUGAUUCCACCGUUAUUCUGGAGUCCACAAGAAAAAGGAAAAAAAAGAAAGAACCCAACAGGGUUAAUGGACCAGAAUGAAGCAAAACAGAUGGUUGAGGGUGUCAUGAGGGCCAAUCCAAAGGAUGAAGAAGUCUUCAAUGAGUAUGAUAAGACUAAAACACUAACUGAUGCAACCCGUAAACAAAUGGUGAACAUCCUGGUUGCAGAUAUGAUAGAGCUACAUGGGAGGGUUCCACCGUCAAGUGUAAGGACCAAUUAUGCACUGGGAAUUGUGACUCUUUUUCCAUACCUCCGUGAUCCAUUCUCCAAACUUGGAUAUGAACACUACUAUGAUCCUGAGGGUAAUACUGGCUUCAUUUCACGGAGGAUCAAGACGGUUCAACGCAACACCUUUGCUGGCUUGCGGGGUCGUUCCAAGACCGUUCUUCAGGAUGGUCCAAAAACCAGGCGAGAAUCUCUGUCAACCUGCCAACAGCUAUUUGGUGAGGAGUGCAGGGAGGCGAUAUCUACAAUAAGACAUUCCAGCGAUGAAUCUGUGGUCAAAGAGAAGAAGACUUUCCAGUAUCGACAGAAGAUGGUUGGGGAUGAUGCAUCAUCUUCAUUCCUGGAUGUGUUCCCUCGUUUUCUUGAUGUACCUGGAUUGAUCGACCAGGAUUUCUCAAUGAUGUUUGGUGACGAAGUGUCUCAGAAGUUCCUGUCCAAGUGGUCAACUUUCUUCAAGCCAAACAUCACAGACUGCAAGACUGCAAAGAAUAUGGAUGAGUUGCUGUCAGCAACUGAAUCUGAGUCUGAAGAUAACAAUGGAUGGGACAGUGAUAUGUCUUCAAUCCUUUUGCUGCUGCAUCUACUACCUCCAACUUCAAGGGGCCAGAAAAAAACUGCCAAGAUCAGUUCAGCUCAAGCAACCAGCCGUCUUGUUAGAUAUCUUAAGGAAGGAGCCAGUAUUCCUACCUUCCUUGAGAGUGUCGACGCAAACAACCGUUCCUCCUUUGCAUCGGUGAGCAAAAGAAGAAUAUCCAAAGGUUCUACCUUAUUAUCGACCGAAAACCACUCCCCGUGCAAGGCACACACAUCAGUGGCAGCUUUAGACAUUACAUUUGGCCGCCUGUUCAAAUGUUACAAGUACAAGGUGGGUCAGAUAUUACGGUACUGAGUACCAGGUUGGGUUGUACUUAUGCACUGGAUGUACCGAUGAUCUUCCUGUGUUCAAAAAGAUCUGUGAUAUUAUAAUACAUGAAGAGCACGCUUUCAUAAUAUCCUGUAAUGUACAAACAAUGUACUAUGAUGACCACUUUAGUGCAUACUGUAUAGAAGACCAAAUGAAUGUGUUUUCUGUCAUAUCUGUGAAGGCACUGACUUAUUUUAGACCAUUUGACAAGCAAUGCUCUAAUGACAAUAGUCAAAGAGCGAACAUAGUGCCUUAUUGUUACAUUUAGAUAAAUGUACAGCAAUGAAAAAAUAUUUGGUAAUGUUGAUGCAUUUGAUGAAAUAAAAAUGUUAAAGUAGUGAA